AAAAAACUUAACUCGUCGAUCGAUCGAUCGGAGUGAGCCGGUGAAACGGGAGAAGAACACGAGAUGAGCCGGAGGAGCGGCGUGGCGACGAGCCGCCGGACCAGGCGGGCCGCCGAGCAGGAGGUGCAGCCGCCGCCGCUGUUUGCCGCGAACCCGAUCUUCCUGUGCGAGGACGACGGCUCGGCGGGGCGGCUGAUCAAACCGGGCGGCGGCGUACGCGGCUACGGGCCGGGCUCGCUGCACGCGCUCGUGCGAGGCCGCGGCCGCGGCCGCGACGUGGCGGCGGACGACGACGACGACGACGGUGGCAACAAGAUGCUGCCGUUGCCGCUGCCACCGUGCAGGGCCCACCGCGAGGGGCGUGGUGGGACCCGGGUUCCCACGGCGUGGCACGUUGGGCCCACGAUCGUGGUGGGCCCGCAUGGCGCGGUGGUGAGGAUCCGUGCGCCGCCGCCGCCUCAGCAGCAUGACCCGUUCCUGGCCGCCUACGUGGCGUGCACCAAGGGCCGCGCCGGCGCCGGCAACAAGAAGAAGAAGAAGAAAGCCAAGGCGGCCGCGCGCGGCGGGUGCGGCAUGUGGAACGGGUGGGCGUCGGGCGCGAGGUACGCACGGGUGAUGUCGUGCAGGCACGGCGGUGCCGUAACCGUGCUGCAGGGCGCCACUCCUCUUCCCGCCGUCGCCGGCUAUGCCGAGUCGCCGGCGCACCCCACGCUGGACCUGUCCCGCCUGCCGGCGGUGCUGCCGGGGAGGAGACGGGUGCACAACUGAGGACAGAUCGUGUACUCGUACGUGGCCGGUGCAUGUGUACAUUGAUACUACUGCCAUGACGUCGUGUGCAAAGAAUUAAGAAAGUAGUAGUCCAUAUUUGCCCAAAUAUUGUCAGUCCAAAAAUAUAAUGGGCCGUAUCAGCCCUAAAAGUAAAAUUUUAGCCCAAACAGUAGUAUGGGCCGGGUCACAAUUGUCAAAGCUUUACAACGCAAUAAAAUCUGGAUGUCAAUGUCAUAUCAUA